CCGCCCGGGCCCUUGCCGAGGGCCAGCGCCAGGGGAUGCGGGCGCCGGGGACCCCGCGGGCCGCGCCGCCUGGAGCCUGAGCCCCCCGCGCAGCGACAUGAUCCGACGGGCCGGCGCGCCCGCGCGCGGGGAUCCCGCGGGUCCUGUUCCAGAUGUUGGCAAGAGCGAGGAGGAGGAGGAGGAGGAGGAAGAGGAGGAGGAGGAGGAGGAAGGCAUGGAGCCGCCUCUGCCGCUCGCCCCGUGGAACUGCCUCCCUCGCAGGGGCCUCAGCAUCCUGGAGAAGCUCGUGAAGACGGCCCCGGUGUGGCAGCUGCCGGAUGUGGGCCAGGCCGAGGCCGCCAGGAUCCUCAGCCGGGAGGGCCCGGGGGCGUUCCUGGUGCGGCGGGACGGAGGCCUGAAGCCGCUGCUGCUCUGUGUCCACUUCCCCGGCCUGCACGAGGGCGCGGCCGACGUGCUCGAAUACGCCAUCAGAGAAGAAAAAUCAAUUCUGUACCUGGAAGGCUCCGUUCUCGUGUUUGAGGACCUCUUCAGGCUGGUCGCCUUCUACUGUGUCAGUAGAGAUUUACUGCCCUUCACCCUGCGGCUGCCCGCAGCCAUCCUGGAGGCUGGCAGCUGCUCCGAGCUCGAGACCGUCGCCAGCCUGGGCCUGGGCUUCUGGGACUCCUCGCUGAACCUCCGGGGAGGAAGUGGGAGCCCAGCGCAGCCCGCCGGGGACCCCGGCCCCGGGCCGCCCCCCGCCGCCAGCCUCAGGCCCGCUGCCCACUCCCCCCACUGCGCGUGCGAGAUCGAGCUGUCGGCGGGCACCGACCGGCUGUGGUUCGUGAACCCCAUCUUCCUGGAGGACUGCAGCGGCCCCCCGGGCCCCGGGCGCUGCCCCCGACGGCCCUCACCUCCCGCCUCCCAGGCUACCUCGCCCGCCUCCAAGUGGGCCCCGCGCCGCCCCGCCCCCCCGCCCCCUCCGGCCCUGCCCCAGGCUCCGGGGCCGGCGCGGCCACCUCCACCCCCUGCUCCUGCGCCCGCCUGCCCGCUGUCCACGGCCCCCGGGGCCGCAGCCCUCCCGCCUGCCCCUCCAGGUCCCGCCCCCCGCCUUGCAGCCCAAUCCCCCGGACUCUGCGACCCCCGGGGCCAGCCCCCCAUGACGGCCUGCGACAGGCCCCCACACCCCCCGGCAGGGCUGGGCCCCCUCAGGGAGGAAGAGGCCCAGCCGGGGCCCAGCCCCCUGCCGACCCCGCCACCGCCCUCCACCCCCCCAACCCCCGCCAAGAAGACCCCCCCGGCCGCCCCUCCGCGGCGACGCUUCUCUGAGAGCACAAGGAAGGAGGACAGGCGGAUGGCCGCGGAGGGAACCCCGCCAGGGACCACGGCCAGCGCCGGCCACGAGCCCCCAAGGACACCGGAGCAGGGGCAGGAGGAUGCCGCCCCGGCCAGCCAACCGGACGGGGUUCCCGAGCUGCCCCCGAAGCCCCGGCAGCCCCCUGUACCGCCCCCCAGGAAGAAACGGCUCUCCCGGCAGCUGGCCUCCGCCCUCCCGGUCCCCCAGGAGAGCGCCGAGCUGCCCGCGGAGGGGGAGGAGACCCCCGAGGAGAAGCCCCCGCCCGGCCCUGCCCGAGAAGGGCAGUGGCCGCCCUCCCCCGCCGGGACUCGGAGUGGCCCCCAGACCCCGGCCAGCGCCCGGCCCCAGAGCGCCCCGGAGCUCAAGGGCUCGCUGGCCUCCCUGGCCGAGAGCGUGGGGGCCCCCGCCGGCGGCGGCGUGGCCACGGACCAGGACUCCUACUCGACCAGCAGCACCGAGGAAGAGCUGGAGCCCGUGGGCAGCGCCGCGAUGCGCAAGAAAUCCUCCCUGAUCCUGGGCAAGGCCCGGCACCGGCUCAGCCUGGCCAGCGUGAGCAGCGUCUUCCGCGCGCUGCUGUCCACCAACCGCAAGCUCUACAAGAAGGUGGUGGAGCUGGCGCAGGACAAGGCGUCGUACUUCGGCAGCCUGGUGCAGGACUACAAGGUGUACAGCCUGGAGAUGAUGGCGCGCCAGACGUCCAGCACCGAGCUGCUGCAGGAGAUCCGCACCAUGAUGACGCAGCUCAAGAGCUACCUGCUGCAGAGCACCGAGCUCACGGCGCUGGCCGACCCCGCGCUGCACGCCGACGAGGAGCUGGAGGCCAUCGUGGAGUCGGCCCUGUACAAGUGCGUGCUGAAGCCACUGCGAGAGGCCAUCAACACCUGCCUGCACGAGAUCCACACCAAGGACUGCUCGCUGCAGCAGCUCAAGGAGAACCAGCAGGUGGUCCUGGGCACCACCACCACCGACCUGGGCGUGACCACCAGCGUGCCGGAAGUGGCCGUCAUGGAGAAGAUCCUGCAGAAGUUCGCCAGCAUGCACAAGGCCUACUCGCCCGAGAAGAAGAUCUCCACCCUGCUCAAGACCUGCAAGCUCAUCUACGACUCCAUGGCGCUCGGCAACCCAGGCAAGCCCUACGGCGCUGACGACUUCCUGCCCGUGCUCAUGUACGUGCUGGCCCGCAGCAACCUGACCGACAUGCUCCUGGACGUGGAGUACAUGAUGGAGCUCAUGGACCCCGCGCUGCAGCUCGGGGAAGGUUCCUACUACCUGACCACCACCUACGGGGCCCUGGAGCACAUCAAGAACUACGACAAGAUCACGGUGACGCGGCAGCUGAGCGUGGAGGUGCAGGACUCCAUCCACCGCUGGGAGCGCCGGCGCACGCUGAAUAAGGCCCGGGCCUCCCGCUCCUCCGUGCAGGACUUCAUCUGCGUGUCCUACCUGGAGCCCGAGCAUCAGGCGCGGACGCUGGCGUCGCGCUCCGACACGCCGGCCGAGGCGCUGUGCGCCCAGUGCGCGGAGAAGUUCGAGGUGCCGCAGCCGCGGGACCACCGGCUCUUCGUGCUGGUGGACGGGCGCUGCUUCCAGCUGGCUGACGAGGCGCUGCCGCACCGCAUCAAGGGCUACCUGCUGCGGAGCGAGCCCAAGCGCGACUUCCACUUCGUGUACCGGCCCCUGGACGGCGGGGGCCCGCCCUGCCUCGUGGUGCGGGAGCCCAACUUCCUGUGACCGGCCCCGCUGCCCCGUCCAGCCGCGCCCGCCGCCCUCCCACUCCCUGGCGCGCCUCCGAGUGACUGUCCCGGGAAGACCCGGCCACGCGCAGCGUGCCACAGAAAGGGAAACUGAGGCAGAGAGAAGCGAUGCUCCCGCCAGCGGAGUCCAAAGCAACCCCUGUUCACACGUGGCACUUCAGUCCAGCCCCUUGUGCCCCCCACCCCCACCCUGUCUCUCAGGGUGGGGGUCUGGCCACACUUGGCCUCCCUGCUGAGGAGCCUGCCCAGGAGCCUGUCCGGCAGCUUCCCGGCCUCAACUGAAGCAUCUGCCACCGCCCGGUGAGGCCAGUUCGGCGGCUCCAUGGACAAGGCAGGGCCACAGGCCACCCUGCAAGUGGCCACACCUGGGACCUCACCCUGGUGCGUGUGACAAGAGGCACGUGUGGGUGGUGAAUAAAAGCCCUUUGGGAAAUG